GGCUCCCGUGACAGCGCGUCUUCACCAUGAGUGGGUGCCCAUUCUCGGGAAGCAGCUUGGGAUAUGCGUUUAAAAACCUCUCCGGACAAGGCAGCGGCGAAGACAAGUCACAAAUGGGUGUGAACAGAGCCAGUAAAGGGGGCCUUCUCUACGCCAACUACCUGCAAUUGGAAAAAGUUUUGAAUGCGCAGGAACUUCAAAGUGAAAUAAAAGGAAAUAAAAUCCAUGAUGAGCAUCUUUUCAUCAUAACUCAUCAAGCUUAUGAACUCUGGUUUAAGCAGGUCCUCUGGGAACUGGACUCUGUUCGCGAGAUCUUUCAGCACGGCCACGUCAGGGACGAGAGGAACAUGCUGAAGGUGGUGGCCCGGAUGCACCGGGUGGCGGUGAUCUUCAGACUCUUGGUCCAGCAGUUCUCCGUCCUGGAGACCAUGACAGCCUUGGACUUCAACGACUUCAGAGAGUACUUAUCCCCGGCAUCAGGCUUCCAGAGUCUGCAGUUCCGACUGUUAGAAAACAAGAUAGGGGUUCUUCAGAGCUUGAGGGUCCCUUACAACAGAAGACACUACCGUGAUAACUUCAGGGGAGAAGACAACGAGCUACUACUGAAGUCCGAGCAGGAAAGGACCCUCCUGCAGCUGGUAGAGGCAUGGCUGGAAAGAACCCCAGGUUUAGAGCCGCAUGGAUUUAACUUCUGGAGAAAGUUUGAAAACAACAUUGUCAAAGGCCUGGAAGAAGAAUUCACAAGAAUUCAGGCCAAGGAAGAGUCAGAGGAAAAGGAGGAACAAAAGGCUGAAUUUCAGAAGCAGAAAGAGGUGUUACUAUCCUUAUUUGAUGAGAAACGCCAUGAGCAUCUCCUCAGUAAAGGAGAGAGACGGCUAUCGUACAAAGCACUUCAGGGGGCCUUGAUGAUAUACUUUUACAGGGAAGAGCCCAGGUUCCAGGUCCCUUUCCAGCUGCUGACCUCCCUCAUGGAUGUGGACUCGCUCAUGACCAAGUGGAGAUAUGACCACGUGUGCGUGGUGCACAGGAUGCUGGGCAGCAAGGCGGGCACCGGCGGCUCCUCGGGGUACCAGUACCUGCGCUCCACGGUGAGUGACAGGUACAAGGUGUUUGUAGAUUUAUUUAAUCUCUCAACAUAUCUGGUUCCCCGACACUGGAUACCGAAGAUGAACCCAAUUAUCCAUAAGUUCCUUUACACAGCUGAAUAUUGUGACAGCUCUUACUUCAGCAGUGAUGAAUCAGAUUAAAAUCAGCUGCAAAGAUUUAUGAAGAACAUUGAUUUCUCAGUCUGUGGUCCUUUUUUAUUGUCUAUGAAUUUUCAUGACUAUGCAGAGUCCUAAUGUAAUAUAUGUUUAUACAUAUAUAUUGCAUAUAUAGCACUGUAGCACUGAUUCAAUCCUAAAAAUAAUUUUAUUACCUCAUGUUUGUGAUGACAUCAGACUCAACCGUAAGAUAAGAAAUUCAGUUACAUUGUAACAUUGUACCUAGUGUGUUUUCCUAUUAGAGACAAUGUCCUUGUGUUUACCUUAAUGUAACCAUUUAAUGUAAUAAUUUUCUCAGUUUCAUACCUUAUAAGCUUGUAAACUUCAGCUAUUUCAAAUAUCUUAUGCAAUAAAAUGUCAUUCUGUACAAA